AUGAUUUUAAUUAGCAAUUUUAGAAAGCUAGUUAUCGUUAAUGUGGAUAAAUUCAAUAAUUAAAAAAAUAAAUCCUAAGACAAUUUCUAAUUGAUUCAAACAUUGGUUAACUACUUUACUAAAUACUUAAGCAAGAGUUUCUAAAAAAUGAAAUAUUACCAAUAUGCUUAUUUGUAGGAUUGA